CCGAUCGUACGGAAAGGGGACGAAUUUUCACCGAAAUAUCACUGUCCCGACUGGGUCUGAGUGGCAACAAACACAGGCUUGCGCUGCCGCCUAUGUGCGUGUCGGAGGGAUUGGGACCACUGUGGCAGAUAGUGCAUUUAUGCGUCUGGAUAUAACUGCAGUCAUUUUUCGCCCGUUUAGAUUUUAGGAUUCGGAGAGAGGUGUUUGGAUUUUGCGCGGUUGACAGCUGGAUCGCCCUGCGCCAGCUACCACGUAUCCGCUUCCCUUUGAGAUAUUAUUCGGUUGCCAUUCAAUGUCCAGUGGCACAUUGCUGAGGCUGCCUUGUGGCUGAUCCUGACCAUGCUUUCCACCAACCGCUCUGGAGGAGCUUGGGGAUGAAAUGGAUGGAGCCCAUGGCCAGACCAACGCACCAGCUCCCACCUCCCAACAUGUCCAGCCGCAGCAAGUCUCCCCCCAACUCUGGAGAAGUUGCAGGCUCUAACUCCAUGGCAUGGGUGAAGAUGUUCAAAAAACCUGGAGGAGGCCUAAAAAAAUCCUACCAGCCUGGGAGCAUGCUGUCUCUCGCGCUCACCAAAGGCCUGCUGAAUGAACCUGGCCAAAAUAGCUGCUUUCUAAACAGUGCUGUUCAGGUGCUCUGGCAGCUGGACAUUUUCCGGAGGAGUUUGAGGCAGCUCUCAGGUCACUUCUGUCUCGGUGACGCCUGCAUUUUCUGUGCUUUGAAGAGUAUCUUCAGCCAGUUUCAGCAAAGUAGAGAGCGAGUGCUCCCGUCCGACAGCCUGCGAAAUGCUUUGGCUGAAACAUUCAAAGAUGAACAACGCUUCCAGCUCGGCCUAAUGGAUGAUGCUGCUGAGUGCUUUGAGAAUAUCCUGGAGCGGAUUCACUUACACAUUGUUUCAGACGCUUCAACAGAUGCUUGUUCGUCCAAAUCCUGCAUCACCCAUCAGAAGUUUGCAAUGAUGCUGUAUGAGCAGUUUGUGUGUCGCUGUUGUGGAGCAUCCUCAGACCCACAUCCAUUCACAGAACUGGUACAUUAUGUCUCAACCACUGCUUUAUGCCAACAGGUUGAUCGUAUGAUGGGCAAGAGCGAGCGGCUCAGGUCAGACAUGUUUGGAGAAUUGCUGCAGGCGGCAAACAACACAGGUGACCUCCGAAGCUGCCCGAGCAACUGUGGUCAAAGUAUCAAGAUCCGCCGUGUGCUCAUGAACUGUCCAGAGAUUGUCACAAUUGGAUUUGUAUGGGAUGCUGAGCAGUCUGAUCUUACAGAUGAUGUCAUUCGAUCGCUUGGCCCACGUUUGAAUCUGUGUGGGCUUUUCAACCGUGUCACUGAUGAAAAUGCCAAACGGAGUGAGCUACAUCUGGUGGGGAUGAUCUGUUUUUCCAGUAAACAUUACUCAGCCUUUGCCUAUCACACCAAAUCUUCAAAAUGGAUGUUUUUUGAUGAUGCUACUGUAAAGGAGAUUGGAUCCAAAUGGAAAGAUGUUGCGUCUAAAUGUAUCAGGGGACAUUUCCAGCCACUUCUUUUAUUUUACACCAAUCCUGAAGGUUCUCCAGUUUCUAAUGAAGACGCACCGAGACAAACUUCCAUGUGUCCCCGGUACAAAGCCCAAGUCAAUGGUGACACAACAGUGAAACAUCCCAUGGGCAGCCCUAAAAAGUUCCAGGAGCCUUCAACAGAAAAUUUAAAGAGGCCAAGUGAUAUUUCCAAAAAGGAUAGAGGACAUCGGAGGACGGACCCUUCACAACACAAAGAGAUGGCACAUGCAAGAUCUUCAUCUCCUCCAGAAAAUGGACCUAGACCUUCAUUGGACCAAAAAUCAAAAACCCAUCCACGUAUUGAGAAGUCAUCAAACCAUUCAAGCAAAGGAUCUCAGGAGCCACGUGCCAACUCCUUUGGUACCCAAAGCCGGAAGAACAACACGUCCCCAAGUCGCCAUGAUCAGGACAGCUGCCAAGAGCAUUGGGAAAAAGUUGGAAGUGAAGGAAGUCACAAUAAAUCAAAGUCCACUUGGAGACCCAUUCGAGAGGUGUUAAAUGUUGACACUGUACUCAAUGAACUAGAGCAGCGUCGACAACAACAACAUGACAGCCCACGGCACAGUAAACCGUCAUCCCAGGAAAGAGUGCACAGUGAGCAGAGUCGAGACCGCGAGCGGGAACAUGUACGGACCAGAGAUGACCGUAAGCAGAAGUGUCUGAUGACGAUUUAUGAGGACGAGCAGCGGCAUGAGACGGAGAGCCACAGCUCUGUAGAAUCAGAGAGCAGGGCUAACCAACAAAGGGGCAGCAGACUUAAGGGUGGGCCAAAGACCUUACUGCGUAGUGACACCUGGACCAUCCAAAGGACAGAGUCUGGCUAUGAGAGCAGUGAUAGACUCAGUAGCGGCUCCACCAACCCAGACUCACCUGGGGUUGAUUGCUUUGUUGUAAAAGACCAGAGAACAACUCCAGAUGCACAUUUGCAAAGUCAGCUGCACCAAAAAGGAGGCGAUGCAAAAUCAAGCGUAAUGUCCUCACCUUCACACAAUGGUAAACAUCAACCCAAACCUCAGGGAAAGAGCCAUGACCAAGUUUCACAUUCACAUCUAAAGUGCAGUCCAAAUUCAAGACGGAAAUCAAAGUACACUUCCAGUACCUCCAGAAAAGUAGCGUCUUCAGAAAGAGACUCCAAUAGCUCUGAUAGCAGGCCGAGUGAGCAGCACACUGCAGAAAGUACAGCCCUGAGGCACAUCACAAAAACCAGCAGCUCAGAAUGGAACAGCUCAGACGAUCUUGCUCUCUCUGAGCCCGAGGACAGAGAAAAUUCUUACCGCUCGAGCAACAGCGAGUCCGCCGUCUCUGAAUCCCAGUGUCCUCACAUGACUCUGCAAUACCACCCUCCCAGCAAUGUGACUGCAGAGCCUCUUCCACUGAACACUCAGCGUCCGCCGGGCACAACAGGGUCCCCUCAUCUCAGAUCAACCCAGCGCAUCCCUCCUCAUCAGGGUGAAACAAGCCACGCAGUGUUUCGUCCGAGGAUGCUUCAAGAAACCUUUCCCUCGAGUCCUCGUCUUUCAUCUACAUCCUUUGUCAGUCCUCACAAGAAACCUGACAUGUCAGGCCUCAGAGCCCUCUCAGAUGCAAGCUCCAAGUCGGGCUCUGACCUGGAGAGGAGCACCCCGUCAUCAUGUGAAAGUGAGGAAAGACUAACUAGCUGCAAGGGUGAACAAGCGGUGCCAGCUCAAGAGGUUUCCCUGACCACAUACUUCAAUGUGGAUAACUGUAUGACGGAAACAUACCGUCUCAAGUACCACAACCAGAGGCCUCUUGUCCUCUCUGCCACAGUGCCACGGACAGUGGUAGUGACUGAGCGCAGAGAUACCAGCCACACACUCCCCACUGACACACACUCACAAGAUGUGCCAAAAGCAAGACCUGAAACAAGCCAUAAUAGCAAUAAACCCAGCAAAUGGAACCCAGUGACAGCCAAAGGACUGGAUGAACGUGGUUUUUUAUGA